GUACGGCAAGGCGGGGUCGGCCCGGAGUGGCCAGCUGGGAGCUAGGGGGCGGAGCUUGCGCAGAAGACCCCCUCAGGGUGCGGGGAGCGGUUGCGGCUCCAGGGCGAUGGCGGAGGAGCACGCCCGGCAACGGGACGUGGUUCCCAAGCCGUCGGUGCUGUUCCUGCACCCAGACCUCGGCGUGGGAGGCGCUGAGCGUCUGGUGUUGGACGCAGCGUUGGCGCUGCAGGCACGCGGGUGUAACGUGAAGAUCUGGACAGCGCACUACGACCCGGGCCACUGCUUUGCCGAGAGCCGCGAGCUACCGGUGCACUGUGUCGGAGACUGGCUGCCGCGCGGCCUGGGCUGGGGCGGCCGCGGCGCCGCCGUCUGCGCCUACGUGCGCAUGGUCUUCCUGGCGCUCUACGUGCUGUUCCUCGCCGACGAGGAGUUCGACGUGGUAGUGUGCGACCAGGUGUCCGCCUGUAUUCCAGUGUUCAGGCUGGCCAGACGGCGGAAGAAGAUCCUGUUUUACUGUCACUUCCCAGAUCUGCUUCUCACCAAGAGAGAUUCUUUUCUUAAACGGCUAUACAGGGCCCCCAUUGACUGGAUAGAGGAAUACACCACAGGCAUGGCAGACUGCAUCUUAGUCAACAGCCAGUUUACAGCUGCUGUUUUUAAGAAAACAUUCAAGUCCCUGUCUCACAUAGACCCUGAUGUCCUCUAUCCAUCUCUAAAUGUCACCAGUUUUGACUCAGUUGUUCCUGAAAAGCUUGAUGACCUAGUCCCCAAGGGGAAAAAAUUCCUGCUGCUCUCUAUCAACAGAUACGAAAGGAAGAAAAAUCUGAAUUUGGCAUUGGAAGCCCUAGUACAGCUGCGUGGAAGAUUGACAUCCCAAGAUUGGGAGAGGGUUCAUCUGAUCGUGGCAGGUGGUUAUGACGAGAGAGUCCUGGAGAAUGUGGAACAUUACCAGGAAUUGAAGAAAAUGGUCCAACAGUCUGACCUUGGCCAGUAUGUGACCUUCUUGAGGUCUUUCUCAGACAAACAGAAAAUCUCCCUCCUCCACAGCUGCACGUGUGUGCUUUACACACCAAGCAAUGAGCACUUUGGCAUUGUCCCUCUGGAAGCCAUGUACAUGCAGUGCCCAGUCAUUGCUGUUAAUUCAGGUGGACCCUUGGAGUCCAUUGACCACAGUGUCACAGGGUUUCUGUGUGAGCCUGACCCGGUGCACUUCUCAGAAGCAAUAGAAAAGUUCAUCCAUGAACCUUCCUUAAAAGCCACCAUGGGCCUGGCUGGAAGAGCCAGGGUGAAGGAAAAAUUUUCCCCUGAAGCGUUUACAGAACAGCUCUACCAAUAUGUUACCAAACUGCUGGUAUAAUCAGAUUCUUUUUAAGAUCUUUAUGCUAUGUUCAUUAAUGUCAUUUUUAUGGAUUGUGGACACAGUUUUGAAACCAAAAAAGAAACCUAGAAUCUAAUGCAGAAGAGAUCUUUUAAAAAAUAAAUUUGAGUCUUGAAUCUGAGCCACUUUCCUAUAUACCACACAUCCUUGUCCACUUUUCAGUAAAACAAUCUCUUGUGCUAUAAUCAUUCCAAAUUUUGCCAGUGUUAAGUUACAAAUGUAUAAUUCCAUGUUCAGUGGAGUAAUUAUAUUUUCUUGGGACUAUUGCUCUUCUGUCUAUAAAUUUUGAAUGAUACUGUGCCUUAAUUGGUUUUGAUAGUUUGUGUGUAUCAUUAUCAAAGUUGAUUAAUUUGGCUUCAUAGUAUAAUGAGAACAGGACUACUGUAGUUCCCAGAAUCAAUCCACUGAAGUGUUCACUGUCAUCUGUUAGGGAAUUUUUGUUCGUCAUGUCUUUGCCCAGAUCCGUAGCGAGAGUGCUCUGUAUUUUUUUAAGAUAACUUGUAUUUUUGCACACUGAGAUGUAAUAAAAGAUGUUUAUCAUGAA